AUGGCGGCCAACGUCAAGGUCGUGUCGCGUUUCCGCCCGGCGGCGGUACCGCAGGGGGGCACGGCGGCGGACGCCGACGUCGUGGUUGCCGUGGAAGACUUGCAGACGGUGCGGCUGCCGCGGCUUGGCGAAAGCGGCUCCUUUACGUUUGAUCGCGUGUUUCCGAUGGACUCGCGUCAGGUCGACGUGUUUGAGUACAGCAUCAAACAGACCGUGACUGAUGUCCUGAAUGGGUACAAUGGCACGAUUUUUGCCUACGGACAGACGGGCUCGGGAAAGACGCAUACCAUGAUGGGACCCGACAUUGCCGACGAGGAGCUGCGGGGUAUCACGCCGCGCAUCACGGAGCAGAUCUUUGAGCGGAUCGUGUCGAGCCCACCGACGCUCGAGUACCUCGUCAAGGUCUCGUACAUGGAGAUUUAUAUGGAACGCGUUCGCGACUUGCUCGUCCCCGCAUUCGAUAACCUCCAGGUGCACGAGGAUCGCACGCGGGGCGUCUACGUUAAGGGGCUCUCGGAGUACUAUGUGAGCAAUGCGGACGAGGUGUUUAGUAUCCUGGAGCAAGGCCAGCUGAAUCGCGCGGUCGCGUCGACCAAGAUGAACACGGAAUCCUCGCGCUCGCACAGCAUCUUCUUAUUUACUAUCCAGCAGCGCAACACGGAGAAUGGCACGACCAAGUCGGGCUCGCUGUACCUCGUGGACCUGGCUGGCUCUGAAAAGGUCGGAAAGACAGGCGCAAGUGGACAGACGCUCGAAGAGGCGAAAAAGAUCAACAAGAGUCUCAGCGCGCUCGGCAUGGUGAUCAAUGCCCUUACUGACGGCAAGUCGUCGCACGUUCCAUACCGUGACUCGAAGCUCACGCGCAUCCUCCAAGAGUCGCUCGGUGGAAAUUCGCGCACGACGCUCAUCGUCAACUGCUCGCCAGUCGCCUACAAUGCCGAAGAGACAUUAUCAACGCUCCGGUUCGGUGUACGCGCCAAAUCGAUCCAGAACAAUGCACGCGUCAAUGCAGAGCUGUCGCCCGAGGAACUGCGCGCACAGCUGCGCAAGGCGACCGCCCAGGCAGCGGCCCACAAACGCCUCGCGGAGGCGCUCCAGGCCGAGCUCACCGAGUGGCGGGCAGGACGGUCGGUGCCCGAGUCAAGAUGGGCAUCGUUCCAGCCGCGGCUACCUUCUCCGUCCAAGAACGCGUCGCCGGUCCGCAACGCGUCGCCGAUGCGCGAUCCCCUGCCGGACGACGAUCGCGACGCGACGCUCGCGGCGUUGCGUACAGAGCUUGCUUCCGUACGCGAGCAAGAACUCGCGGCCUCGACGCGCGUACGUGCGCUCGAAACCGAGCAGAGUGCGCUGCGUCUGCAAGCCGACGAGCUGGUCUAUGCGCGCGACGAGGCCAUGGCACAGCGUGAUGCGAUCCAGGCCGACUGGGCCGCCGAGAAAGCACGCGCCAAUGUGCCGACGCCAAAAGAGACGCCGACGGAAGCAUCGACUGCACAGCCGGCGCCCGAGUACACAGAACGCCUGGAUACGAUGCUCUCGGAUCUGGCACUCGAGCACCGCCCCGGCGUGGAUGCGAUGCUUGCGAUUGUCGGUCGCCUUGAGCAGGCCAGCAGCGAAAAUGCGCCGGUGCCUAUGGACGACGUGCGCCGCCUGCGCGACAACAUCAUCCAGGAGCAGGUCGCGCUCUCUAGCCAGAUGCAGUCUGCGCGUAUUACCGCACAAGAGAUGGUCGUCCUGCAACAGCAGAAAGCGGCGCUGGGCGACCGCUACGCUGCGCUGCAGCAGCGCUACGACCUGAUUACCGACCACAUUGGUGCCCUCGAGCAUGGCUUGCGCCUCGGCGACGAGACGGGCGGCCAGCUCGCGUCGCUGCGCCAGCUCCUGGAAGAGCACACGACCGCCACACAGCUCAACACGAGCACCGAAGUCUCGCACCUGGAGCACCUGCUUUCCAUCCGCUCCGAAGAGACCGAAGGGCUCAAAGGCACGCUCGACGAUCUGCGUACCUCGCACGAAGAACAGCGCGAGGCGAUGUCGCUUCUCACUGAUACGCUCACGGCCCAAGGCAAUGUCGAUCCGGCCGUCAUUCGGCGCCUGGUCGACGCGUCGACCCAAAUGGAAAAGUCGCGCGAGCUGAUUACGAUGCGCCUGCGCGAGUAUGAACGUAUGAAACAGCAGCUCAUGCACGGCCUCCGCGAGCGCAGCGAAAAGGUUGUGUCGAUGGAGAUGGCUCUCGAGGAAAUGCAGGACCAGUACAACAUGCUGCUCCAGAGUCUGCAUCUGCGCGCCCAGCAAAAGAAGAUGGGCAUGCUCGAGCGCCAUCUCGAGCAGCUCGCGAAUGUGCAGCACCGACUCGUCGAGCAGAACACGACGCUAAAGCAGGAUGUAUCUGCUGCCGAAAAGAAACUUGCAGCACGCAACGAGCGCAUCCAAACGCUCGAAGACGAGCUGUACACGUCGCGGAACGGGCUUCCCGAAGUCUCUGCGCUCAGCUCCGACCCUAAAGGCACAUUACCGUUCGGCCGUAUCGCCAAGCCCCUCCGUGGCGGCGGUCUCCCACCACCAGCUGCUGCCAACGCCGCGCCAAAGCCGACCGGCAACUGGUUCUUUACCGCCAAAUAG